AAGAACGUAAAUGUCAGAAAGAAUGUAUAUGCCUUCGCGUCCCAUCGUCGAACUUGUAUUUAAUGGAAUUUCUGUUUUCAUUUUAAAACUGUUACGAAUACAUGAAAAAUGACAGAGAAUGUAGAGCAUUACCGCAAUCAAAUAGCUUUAGCUCGGACUGAAAUAAAGAAUUUAAGACAGCAACUCUCUUCUCUAAAACACGAGCAUCUUAAGGAGAUUAAAGCGAUUAAGGAGGCUUUAAACGAGUUGCGAUGUGCCAACUGUGCUGAUUCGGCUACAACGGUUCAGCGCAAUCUCAUAGAGCAGCCAUCUUCUUCAUCAGAAGUAGAUGGUGGCAUUGCAUACCGGGCUAUUGGGGUGAUUGAGACUUCUUUUCAGAACAAGCGGGGGGUGCCGCGGCAGCCGUCGGUGCUGGCGAAGGCUCAAGGAGCAGUAGUCAUUGAUUCCAGCAUUUUUAACAAUCCGGAACAUGCUUUGAGUGGGUUGGAAGAGUUUUCACACAUGUGGAUAAUAUUCCACUUUCACGCUACAGAGAGCAGCAAUGUGCCCGCAAAGGUGUGUCCUCCACGCCUAGGUGGCGAGCGGCGCGGGGUGUUCUCCACGCGUUCACCGCACAGGCCCUGCCCCAUUGGACUCUCGCUCGUCAAGAUACAGAGCAUUGAAGGCAAUCGAAUCUAUUUCUUCGGAGUGGACAUGGUGAACGGCACUCCAGUCCUCGACAUCAAACCAUACAUCCCACAGUACGACUACCCUGUCCCAGUGUUUGGGGACACACCUAUGUCAUCGCUGGUUCGGCCACCGACGGAAGGGACUAGCGAUGGGUUAGAUGUUGCCAACUUGCAGCUUGAUGACAGCUAUGAUGCCAGAAGCCUCAGCCCCCGCCAAGCGAACCCGAUCGGCGAUCCUCCCCCCGCGGCCGGCGCGCCCCCCUCCUCCCCUCCCUCCCCCCGCCCCCCCCCGGGCUCCCCGCCCCGGCGGCCGGACACGGAGCGCGGCGCGCCGGACGGCCAGGAGCGCUUCACCCCCCCGCAGUCCGCGCAGCUCGCCAGCCUGAGCCACGACGGCAUCAGAGUGGCCCCCUGGAUAGACAACCCGCCCGCCCAGACAUACGAUGUCCGAUUCACUGACGACGCUCUAACGCGACUAGUUGAACUUAUCGGUGAUAGAGCGCAAGCAUUUAAAAACAAUUUAAUCAGUUUACUUUCGGAAGACCCGAGGUCUAAUUACGUUAGGACCCGGUACCCGGACCACGAGUACAACUGCGUGUUGGAGGACUUAUCUAUUAGCUGCAUUUUUGAUGUCGCGUCUGCGGUGUGUACUAUUAUCGCUGUGAGGAGCGCCGAUGACCUCCAGAAUUAGAGUUUUGCCUAAUGUUUAAAUCUAAAUAAUUUAUUUUAUGCAAGCACAAUUAUAAUUUGUUGGCACAA